CCAUAAACGACGACGUUUUGGCUGGCAUAUGGUUUGGGUUUUUCACAAAAUUUAGGAUUGAUAUUUUUAGUUUUUUAUUCUCAGAGACGAUUGUGAGGAAGCUUGUUGAUCGUUGCGGUCUGAGUAAGCGAGUAGAUCAUUGGUUUGUCUCUUCUUUCUUACUUCGAUUCUUUGCUUCAUCCAGAAUAAUCACAGUUCCAAUUCUAUUACCUUUCUUUUUGGUGUUUGUGACUCUUAUGUUCAUAGCUCUUCUGUUGAAUUCACAAGCAUUGUUUUCUUUUUGAUCUGAUUCAUCCCUGAGAGCAUAAUGUGAUUAGUUGUAUUCCUGACACUCCUCUGUUACGUGUAUUUUACUAUUUAGUUUCAGUUUUGGUAGACACAUAUAAACUGAGAACAUUGCAAGUAAAAAAAAAAGAGUUUUCUUUGAGAAAUUUCUCUUUAGAAUGGAUAUGCCAAAGAGUAUCCUGAUCCUCUACUUAGCUAUAUAACUAGGGAUUUUUGAAUCUUUGCUAUCAGGUUUUGUUAUUUACUUUCUCUGGCCAAGCCAACUAUAAAAGUUAAUGGAAGAGGACCAUUGUGAGGAUUCUCAUAAUUAUAUGGGUUUUGCUCUGCAUCAGGUAAAACUAGUAUUGGUUCUAUAAUACUGCAAAAGUUAGUUUGUUGCUUUUGAGUUGAUUUCCCUAUGCCUGCAGGCUAAACUUGCUCUGGAGGCUCUUGAAGUUCCCGUGGGGUCUCUAUUUUUUUGCUUUGGCUUCAUACCAAUUUGUGUUUCGUACCAGUGUAUCAAUUAAUGUCAUAUAGGAUAACUAAUGCGUUUUCUUUCUGGUUUGUGUGGACCAGAUGUGUUUUUCUUGAGGACGGUAAGGUCAUUGCUUCAGGGCGAAACCGAACAAAUGAGACACGCAAUGCCACAAGACAUGCAGAGAUGGAAGCAAUUGAUCAGCUUGUCGGACAGUGGCAGAAAGAUGGACUCUCACCUUCACAAGUCGCUGAGAAAUUCUCGAAAUGUGUUCUUUAUGUAACAUGUGAACCUUGCAUAAUGUGUGCAUCGGCCUUAUCGUUUCUCGGUAUCAAGGAAGUGUAUUAUGGAUGUCCAAAUGAUAAAUUUGGGGGAUGUGGUUCCAUUUUGUCGCUUCACUUAGGUAGUGAGGAAGCUCAAAGAGGAAAAGGAUACAAGUGCAGAGGAGGAAUAAUGGCAGAAGAAGCUGUCUCUCUUUUCAAAUGUUUCUAUGAGCAAGGCAAUCCCAACGCUCCAAAGCCACACCGCCCUGUUGUUCAAAGAGAGAGGACUUGAGGUGAACGUAUCGUUAAAACUGAAGUUCUUCGGCUUCUGCAACAACAACAAUCAGACCUGAAGAUUACACUCACAGUCCAGUUCAAACAACAACAAUCCAGAGCAGAAGCCAUAAUUUGGGACUCCAAAAGCUUAUUUAUUAGUUUUGGAUUUUAUUCACAUAUAUGACAAUCAAAAUAACAUGUUUUGUUAUCAAAUCAUGGCUACUUCCUGCAAACGAGGACUGACUUUAACAAAACUAAAACAUAAACAAUUCAAGGGGUCUAAGAUCAGG